AUGUCUUUAACUAUUAACCACGCCCUGCACCUUUUCAUACAAGCAGAUUGUAUCGUUGGAUCACGCCUCACCCACCACCUUUGCCACGUUGAGUUGGACCGCACCGGCGAGUCGAAAGGCCAGCCAAGCGGACGAUCAAGGCAACACUUUGAACGUCUCACGUUUACUAUGGAACUUGCCGGUGCCAAUGCAUUUGUCGACCUGGACAACAUCAUAGCAAAUCCCUACGACUGGAACAUCCGAAUCACAGACAUGACCGUCCUAGAACGUCAGCAUUGA